GUUGGAUAUAAGAGAAAAUGUUAUGAAAUUUUAGAAGAUACAAUUAUGGAACGAUGUUUACAAAAUUUGGCAAUUAUAUGUUUAUCAGCUUUAUAUUUUUUAUAUUUAAAGCUUUUUUAUAUCACAGUUGAAGACCUUGAAUAACAUUACAAAAUGGUUGAAUUUAACAGAUGUGAAUAUAUCAAGUAACAACAUUGAUCUGUUGCCGAGAAAAUUGGGCGCUUUUCAUUGUCUUCGACGGCUUAAUUUAUCACAUAAUUGUUUGAGUCGAUAUUCUGGAUGGGCAUGGCUAAAAGAAGCACGAAUUAAGAGAACUUUACGUUUUCUAGAUAUAAGUAAUAAUUCGCUUCUCGAAUUAUCGAUAUACAUUUGGAGUUUAAAUGCCUUAGUAGAAUUGAAAAUAAGUCACAACAUGUUGAAAUGUUUACCACAGGGCAUUGAAAAAGUUCAAAAUCUUAGUAUUUUGGAUGUGUCGCAUAACAUGUUAAUGUAUCUGCCUGCAGGGAUCAAUUAUUUGCGACUGCAAACUUUAGAUAUUUCAAUGAAUCCAUUAGUAGUCGAUCGCCCAGAAUUUAUUAAUGAGAUAAUAAUCCCAAGCCUUACUCAGUUUGCAGCAAAAGUAUUGCACCAAUAUUGUAGAGAUGAACAUAUAAUUUUUCGAUGGGAUGAUUUGAAUGAACAUAUAAGUAGAAAUAAAAUCGAUAAUUGCUUCUAUUGCGGAAACAUUUGUACAUCUCCCUACGUAUACUCUGCUAAGCUAUUGAAACCUAUAUUUGAAUUAGCUGUAACUGUAAUAAAAGAGACAUCGGAAUGGCCAGUAGUAUUAUGUGAAUUAUACUAUUGCUUUCCUGAAUGUAGAAAGGACUACUGGUAAUCUAAUAACAAUUCGGAUAUAUCUCGAAAUUGAGAAGACCGACAUUUAAAUUAACAUUUAUACCUAAAAAAUACAUUAACGAAAUUUUGAUUUUCUAAUAACUGCCUAUUAUAUUUGUAUUUCGAUUAUAUUACGUAAUAUACAAUCUAGUAG